AUGGCUCCAUCCACGCCACAACCACAAGCCCAGCGACAUCAGUAUGAGCAUCCGACCUCGAGCCAUGCCAAAAAGAGGCGCAAAGGGCCGCUGCCAAUCGAGCCCAUCACGGCGUUUUACAUCUUCUUCGCGGCGGGAAUCGUCGCUGCGCUGUUUGCCCCGAUCCAGGACUGUGACGAGACGUUCAAUUACUGGGAACCAGCCCACUACCUGUCUCAUGGAUAUGGCCUGCAGACAUGGGAGUACUCGCCCGACUACGCCAUCCGAAGCUGGCUGUACGUCGGUCUUCACGCCCUGGUGGCCAACAUCCGCCGCUUGCUACCCCAAUCUUCCAAGGUGUCCGAGCUUUACUUUGUUCGCUACGGCCUGGCCUUUGUGUGCGCCGUCUGUCAAACCGUGUUUUUCAAAGCCAUUGGCCUGACCAUGAACGGGAGAAUCGCCAUGUUCUUCUUGAUCGUCACCGUCGUCAGCCCUGGAAACUUUCACGCCAGCGCGUCUUUCCUGCCCUCGAGCUUCGCCAUGUACAUGUGCAUGCUCGGCGCGGCUUCGUUCAUGAACUGGCGCGGGGGCAUCAAGACUGCCCACGGUAUUUUCUGGUUCGCUGUCGCAGGCAUCCUCGGGUGGCCUUUUGCUUCGGCUCUCUCCGCGCCCUACCUACUGGAGGAACUGCUUCUCGUCUUCUUCGGUGACAAGGACGCUCUUAUCGAGGCCAUUGUUCGCUCCUUCCGGGGUGUCGUUGCGGCCUUGAUAGUUUUGCUGUUCGACUUUUUCAUCAACCUCUUCUUCUAUAAGAAAGCUGCUGUUGUGAGCUGGAACAUUGUCAGGUACAACGUCUUUUCAUCAACUGGCGGCCCAGACUUGUAUGGCACCGAACCAUGGACCUUCUACUUUAAGAACCUGGCGCUCAACUUCAACAUCUGCUUCGUUCUGGCGCUUCUGGUGCUGCCGUUGUUUCUACUCCAGAAGCUCCUUGCGCCAUCCGGACACGGCUUCCAGUCUGGAUUGCGGACUGUGGUGUUUGUAGCGCCCUUUUACAUGUGGCUGGCAAUCUUCACUUGGCAGCCCCAUAAAGAGGAGCGGUUCAUGUAUCCGGUUUAUCCAUUUCUUGCCUUGAACGCAGCCAUAUCCCUUCACAUGGUCCUGGCCGCGCUCGGAAGCGCGGAUCCAAAGACUCUUGCCGGCAAAAUCCCUGCUCGACUCAAGCUCCUGGGCGUCAGCGUUGCCGCGCUCCUGGCUCUGGACAUUAGCCUCGCCAGAGUGCUCGGCGUCUACUCUGCUUACUCGGCCCCCCUGCGGGUGUAUUCGAAGCUGUGGCCCUCGGGUAACGGCCAGCCCGGCCUGGGACGUCAAGAGGACCUCGUCUGCUUCGGCAAGGAGUGGCACCGCUUCCCGUCGUCGCACUUCCUGCCCAAGAACAUGCACGCCAAGUUUGUGCGGUCCGAGUUCAGGGGCCUGCUGCCGGGGGAGUUUUCCGAGGCCAGGACCGGGUUCGGCUUCUGGAGCGGCACGUGGCUGCCUACCAGUGGACUAAACGACGCAAACGUAGAGGAUCCCGGAAAAUAUGUCGACGUCAGGGCGUGCGCGUUCCUCGUCGACACCCAGUAUCCUCUGCGGCGCGACCCGCCGCCUCCCAACGAGCCCGAUUACAUAUCCGACAAGGACGCGUGGGAGAUUGUCCAGUGUGAGCCGUUCCUGGAUGCGGCCAAGACCCAUGUCCUCGCGAGGACCCUUUGGGUUCCCGAGCUGGCCUGGAUACCUGACAGGUUUAGAAGAAAAUGGGGUCGUCAUUGCUUACUCCAGCGGAAGAAGGCUGAGUAG